AUCGGUCGAUGUGUGCGUGAGUAAACCUCGUCAGUGUGAGUGUGUCUGUGUAUCUGUGGAAAUUUUGUGUUUUUAUCAGUGCGCGAUACUCGAGUGGAUUCAAGCAGUGAUUAGAAGUGUUUUUUCUCGUUUUGUUCCCGAUGAUGUUCAUGGUUUCAUCAAGAAAGAUUUAUCUCUCUUAACACCCCGCAUCAGCGAAACCUCGUUUCACUUCUUUUGUUACCUUCUGCUCCAGUGUGGGUAAAGGUAGUCGGAAGAAAUUCUCUCUUCUUAUCCCUCACAUGUGAAUUAACAUCCUCCCUUAACCUUACCACUGAUUGUAACAAGGCCGUUUGUGUCCUCUAGGAAUUCGUCUGUCUUCGUCAACCAUGAAUUACGUGCUCGUCACUUUCCUUUUGGCUGCUUUUGCAGCUUCAGAGUCGCUUGCGGACACAAAAUUACAAUGCAAGUUACCGAAAGUCAACAUCCCGCAAGACUGGAUCACAAUGGUGGAUCCAUGUGUUCAGAAAAUGAAAGACCAAGUGCAGCAAGAACUGACUGCUUCCAUGACCUACCUCGCCAUGGGAGCGCACUUCUCUCGUGAUACGGUGAAUCGUCCAGGUUUCGCCAAGUACUUCUUCGAAAGCGCCAAGGAGGAAAGAGAACACGCCAUCAAGUUCCUGGAAUACCUGCUUAUGCGAGGUGGUCUCACUGAAGACCUAUCGUCCCUCAUCAAGAGCCCUGAACCAAAUGCUGACACUUGGCCCGAUGCGAUCACCGCCCUCCGAGAUGCAUUGAAAUUGGAAGCUCAUGUUACCCGCAAAAUCAGAGAUAUCAUCAAAGUCUGUGAAGAACCCCCAACCAAGGAAGGCGAACCCUUCAACGAUUACCAUCUUGUUGACUACCUGUCUGGUGACUUCCUUACUGAGCAAUACGAAGGCCAACGAGACCUUGCUGGCAAAAUCUCAACGUUGGGCAAGAUGAUGGCACAGAACGGGCAAUUGGGAGAAUUCAUGUUCGACAAGAACCUUUUGGAAUAAACUAAUCUACCUUACUUAUAGCAUUAUUCAUACUCCUAAAGUCCUUCGGGACUCUUUUAAUUUUGCCAUAAAGAACAGUUGUCACCGGAGCUAAGUAUUAUUGUACAUAUUAUUGUUUAUUUUUAUUAUUUUCCCCGUACUUGGCGUGUGUAAAUAGACUCCAUCUUUUCAGUUUAUGAAUUGUUUUCAAUUCGGCAAGAGAACUUUUUCAGUACCUCGCUGACUCUGUGAUUCGUCGUAAUUAGUUUCCUUUAGUUCUGAUUGUGUGGGCCUAUGCUUACAGACUGAUGUUGUCGUAGCUGUAUGUUCAAUUCGAAUUAGUUUCCAAAAGACACUCUUCACUGGGUUCCUGUCAAUUAAUCCUAACAUCUUUUCUGUUUUCCCAGCCUGGUUUUUCAAUUUUUUUUAUCUAGCUGUAAUCAUCGGUGACAACAGUAUCCCCUCAAGGAAGCCUCUUUUGUAUUUGAUGUUCAUUUCAUGAUUUACCUAUAUUUUUCAAAAUAAAUUUAAGAUUGUUGUUUAA